CUGAUGGCACUGCCGGCACUGACGCGAAAACGGAGUGAAUGUCACUUCGGUUUGUUAGAUGUGCGGUUGGAGAGGUUACCUGGAUCCUGCGUGACAAAAUUUUGCUGCUUUCGUGUACAUGGAACAUUUAUGCAUUCUUCAGACGCACAAGAAAUUCCGAUAGCAUGAUGACCAGGACGCUUUUACGUUUAGGCGACACGAGCAGAUGUGUCUUUACAACUGCGCAAUACUACAGGCCCAAAAUGCAAGUACUACACUAUAGACAAAUAAGAAGCUUAAAGAAGUCGCAGAUCUCCUUCAGAUCAGAGUCUCCUUUUCCUAAUUAUGUUGAGUCUGGGACUGUACCACCUACACGGUUAUUAAAGCAUCUUAGUUUCACCAUCAUGUUUAGUGGAGCCUCCAUAAUGGGUGCUGCAAUUUGGGAGUAUGAGCGCAUCAGAAACCAGACAUACCAAUUAAUUCACCGUUACAGACAGUUUCGAGUUAAUCGAACAGGAUGGAGGGCCGAAAUUGAGACGUGGUGGCGAAAUUUGACUGAAGGACAAAAGAUAUUUGUACCUAUAUGUUUUAUAAAUGCAGUUGUAUUCCUGGCUUGGCGAAUGCCGGCAUUGCAAAGAACAAUGGUGCGUUAUUUUUCCGUCAAUCCAGCUUCCAGUAUGUCAUGCUGGUCUAUGGUGCUCGCCACUUUUUCACAUUACUCCUUAUUCCAUCUGGCUGCAAACAUGUUUGUAUUGCACAGCUUCAGCACAAUAGCUGUGGCGGCAUUGGGGAAGGAGCAAUUUGUGGCUCUGUAUUUAUCGAGUGGAGUGAUUUCCAGCUUCGUUAGUAACGUGUAUAAAACUGUGUUUAGAAUACCAGGCUAUUCUCUAGGAGCGUCAGGAGCGAUUUUGGGUAUUAUUGGAUUUGUUUGCACACAAUAUCCUGAUAUACGACUCAGUAUCAUUUUCCUUCCAAUGUUCACAUUUACUGCGGGUAUGGCACUCAAAGGAUUAAUAGCUUUGGAUACUGUUGGUUGUAUCUUAAGAUGGAAAUAUUUUGAUCAUGCUGCGCAUUUAGGUGGUGCGUUAUUCGGAAUAUUCUGGCAAGCAUGGGGCAGCGCUUAUAUUUGGCAGAAACGGGAACCCCUUUUGACUUUCUGGCACGAGCUCCGUGAACCUCGAAGAUCACAAUAAUAGUUCUCUUUUUUUUUCUAAAUCUAAAUUUUAAUUUAUUAUAUUGUUUAUAGAAAGAAUAUUAUAUUUUAUGCAUAAAGUGUAAAAUUUUGAUUAUCAAGGAUAAAUUUGCUAAAAAAAUUUAAGAUACAGACUAUAGAUUGUGUUAUUUAUACUCUUUUUACAUGUGAUGAAAAAAAUAUAAAUUUAUCGCCCCUUAAAAAAAACAAUACGAGAAAUAUAGAAUUUAUAUUAACACUA